GGGCGGCGGCGGCGGCGGCGGCGGGGCUGGGUCCUCCUCCUCCUCCCCCCGGCGCCCCCGCCCUCGCGCACUCCGCCGCCGCCGCCAUCCAUCCACCCGUGCUGUCGGCACCUCGCCCGCCCGGCGCACACACGGGCGCGCACAAGCCCCCCGCAGCCCGGCACCCCCGCAACAUGCUGCCGCCCAUCGCCCCGGCAUGGACCCCGGCGGCGGCUGCACGGCUCCUUCCCGCUGGUGACUCCCCGCCCUGAGGGAAAGAAAAAAAAAGAAAGAAGAGAAGCCGAACUCUCCGAGGGUUACUAUGCAAUUGCGACUGAUUUCUUGGUUUUUUAUCAUUUUGAACUUUAUGGAAUACAUUGGCAGCCAGCACGCCUCCAGGGUCCGGCGACAGGGAAGAAUGCAUCCUAACGUGAGCCAAGGUUGCCAAGGAGGGUGUGCUACGUGUUCUGACUACAAUGGAUGCCUGUCGUGCAAACCCAGACUCUUUUUUGUUCUGGAGAGGAUUGGCAUGAAGCAGAUUGGAGUAUGCCUUUCCUCAUGUCCAAGCGGAUAUUAUGGGACACGGUAUCCUGACAUUAAUAAGUGUGCAAAAUGCAAAGCUGACUGUGAUACCUGCUUCACCAGAAACUUCUGCACAAAGUGUAAAAGUGGGUUUUACUUAUACAGUGGAAAGUGCCUUGAAAAGUGUCCUGAUGGUUUGGAAGCCAACAAUCACACGAUGGAGUGCACCAGCAUUGUGCACUGUGAAGCUAGUGAGUGGAGUCCAUGGAGCCCUUGCACAAAGAAAGGAAAAACUUGUGGUUUCAAAAGAGGAAAUGAAGUAAGGGUCAGAGAGAUCGUACAACAUCCGUCAGCAAGGGGCAAUCCUUGCCCAGCUACAAGCGAGAGCAGAAAAUGUAUUGUACAGAGAAAGAGAUGUCAGAAGGAAGGAAAAGGGAAAAAAAAUAGGGAGGAGAAAAGAAAAAAGUCCAAUAACGAAGAAAGUAAGGAAACAAAACAGGAAAACAAAGGACGAGCAGCCCGAAGACAAAACCGAGAACAGAGGGAAAACAAAAACAAAACGCAGUCGAAGAAAAGAAAAGCCCCAAAUAAAGACCCAAACGUGGCACCCGUCGACACUGCACAUUAACAGCCUUCCACGAUUGUUUGAGUCUUAUGAUGCUGCUAUCUCUCCCAGAUUGCCCUGACAGGUGCUCCAACCAUUCAGGCCGCAAAUGGACAAUGCUACCAGUUAUUAUUAAACUUUAAAACAACAUUCCAAAUACUUCCUAUAUUCUCCAAACAACCAUAGUUUAUUAAAGAGAUUGACAUGAGCCAAGAAAAAAAAUCUAAAUAUGGGAUACUUUAAAACUGUUAUAUUAUAUGCUUCCAUGCAUCUGUAAAAGGCAAUUAAGAAAUUUUGUAUAUAUU